ACAAGUUUUGAGAGUCCGAUUUGCGCGCCAGUUCUUGCACCAUCAGUGAAGUCUGAUGAAUUUCUAUACAUUUAAGGGCAGUUUUAAGCCUCUACUCGGAUAGUGGCCAAUUUCCUUUUGUUUGGCUUAAACUGAUAGUUCUUUUGCCAGGAUGGUUUCGUCAGUCUUGUCAGCUGAGUUAGCUGCCACUUGCAGUGCUCUUGGGUAUUCCGAUGGGAACAAGUAUUACAUUGAUAAAUUUUGUAAAGAGACUGUGAAAGAUCUCAUCAGAUAUUUGCGUCAUGAUGAUGAGAAUCAUGAAAUACGGCGUUUUCUGGGAGAAGCCAAAGUUUUGGUCACUGAUUUGCUUCCAUUGAUAAAGCAUUACAAUGAAGAUGAAGACCUAUUUGAUGUCACGUUGAGACUUUUGGUUAAUUUGACAAAUCCUGCUCUUCUUCUUUAUCGAGAAGAAUUACCUGCUGAAAAGACAUCACGGAAUUAUUACCUUCAAAUUAUAUCUCAACUGCAAAGCUACAAAGAAGCAUUUAAUGAAGAGGGCAUUUGGGCUAUUUUGUCCAAAAAGCUGAGUGAUAUUCUUCAAAUUGAUUCUGAUGAGCGUUCUGAGGAAAAAGCCAUGGUGAUGGAGAGGAUUCUUGUAUUGAUUCGAAAUAUUCUCCAAGUACCAGCAGAUCCAGAUGCUGAACGUAGACCAGACAAUGAUGCAAGUGUGCAUGAUCAGGUGUUGUGGGCUCUUCAUCAGUCCGGCUUGGUGGAUCUUAUUUUGUACAUGAGUAGUUCUCAAAAUGAGCAAGCAUAUUUCAUGCACAAUCUGGAAAUAGUAUCCUUGAUGCUGCGUGAUCAAGAACCGUCAGAACUUGCCAAUGUUGCAAUGGAAAGAAGCACGCAAGAAAAGGAAAAGGAUGAGAUGGCCCUGCUUCAGGUUCGAAUGAAAGAGCAGGAAAUUCGCCAAACCAAGACCAAACAAUACACUGGAGCUAGGCAUUCACGAUUUGGAGGCACCUUUGUUCUGAGCAAUGUUAAAUCCAUAAGUGACAAUGAUAUGAUUUUGUAUAAGCCAAUCAGUAAAGUAGACAGCCUUACUUUCUCAGAUAAAAAAAACAAAACUAAGAGGCCAAAGAACAAAGUCCCUAUGAAGGGAGAUGACGAUAAGAGAAGGUCUGCCUUCAGUGUUCGAUUGUUUCUCAAAGAAUUUUGUGUUGAAUUCUUGAAUGGCUCAUACAACAGACUGAUGCACUAUGUCAAGGACUGUCUGAUUAGAGGAGUUGCCCAACCAAACGAUGAAUCCUUCUACUUGUGGGCAAUCAAGUUUUUCAUGGCUUUUAAUCGAAGCUACAAGCUUCAAGUGAAACUUGUCAGUGAAACAAUGAACAUCCAAUGCUUUCACUGGGUUCAGUCACAGAUAGAACAUUCCCAUGCAAUGAUCAGUACUGACAAGAAAAAAAUCCAUAUUUGGUCACGACGCAUGCAUCUUGCUCUUCGAGCAUAUCAAGAAUUGAUAAGUUCCUUGGCUGCCAUGGAACUUUCCCCUGAUACUGACAUUCGCAAAUCUGCUCAAGUUAUCCAAGGCAACCUAUUCUACUUGGUUGAGUACCGGGAGCUCCUCUUGACACUCAUCCAUUCUUAUGAUGAGGUCAAAUUGUCCAGGAGCUAUUUGAAAGAUUUGGUUGAAACACUCCAUGUAUACAUGAAGCUGAUGGAACACUUUUGCAAAAAACAGAGAGGCAUUGUGGUUCAAAAUAAGGGCAAGCAGAAGAGGCAAAGGAAGGCCAAAAAAUCAGCUGCACCCAAGAAAAACACAGCUGACGUCCCUCCAUCCAAUGAAGAGCUUUGGGAUGUGGUUGCUCCUCAGUUGUCUGUUGUGCUUGCCAAUGGCACUAUUCCUGAGGAUGUCAUUCCUUUCGAUGCUGCCUCUGACAAAGAUAUCGAAGAUCAGAGGGUGGACGCCAUGCGCCGCAUCCACACUCUCCUGAAGCAGCACAACUUUGAAGACGCGGUCGCCAUGAUGCGAGCGUCGCGGGAGGUGUGGCCCGAGAACGACGUGUUCGGCAGCGCCCACAUGGCGCCCGAGGAGGAAUUCGCCGCGCUUCGCGAGGUCUUCUUCGCCGACAUUGCACAGGACCCCGACGUCGUGCGGGCCGCCGAGGAGGCGCGGCGGCGGCAGCAGGAACAGCAGGACGAGGAGCGGCGAGAGCAGGAGCAGCAGCCCGACGAGGAGGAAGAGUACGAGAGGGAACACGAGGAAGAAGAAGGAGAAGGCCAAGUCUCUUACUCCGAGCAGGAACUCCAGUUUCCCGACUUUCUGAAAAGGCUGGUCCACUCGAAGGCGGUCCAGGCCGCCGGGUACCUGCUGCAGAAGUUCGACCAGAACUCCGUGUUCACGAACCACUGCGUCGCCAAGCUGCUGCACCGCAUCGCCUGGGACGCCAAGAUGCCCGGCAUGCUGUUCCAGGCCUCCAUAUUCCGCUCCUUCCAGCGCAUCUUCAAGUCCCCCCUCUCACAGCACAAGGAGCUUCAGAAGCUUGCUCAGUUUGUGAUCCAGAAGUUUGUGGAAGUGGCUUCAAAGAACCCGUUGAUCUACGUUGAGCUGCUAUUCUGGAAAACAUCCAGGGACGCGUAUGAAAUUGAAGAGGGCUACGGAAGCUAUAAGGAGAAAUCUGCUGCUGAUAAGAAAGUAUGGAAAGAAGAGGAAGAAGAUGAACUGCGAGUUCUCUUUGCUGAGUUUCAGAGGGAUCAACCUGGUGGUGAUGCUGUUCAUUGGAUUCUGUCAAAGCUUAUCAAUCAAGAUCGCACUGCAAAUGGUGUUAGAAAGAAACUCCAAGAACUCUUUUUAAUAGUUCCUAAAUCUAAAGUGCGUGCACCCAAGGAAUGGGGAGAACAGGAGGUGGUUCAGCUGCAGGAGCUUUAUGACCAGUACAGGGACUCAGGCAAUGUUAUGGAAGAAAUAUUAUCUCGUUUGACAGUAAAACGACCCAAGUCAAAAGUCAUCGAUAAACUUUUGGAGUUAGGGCUGGUGAAUGAUCGCAAGGAAUUACACAAGAAAGGUGGACGAGGAACAAAAUCUGGCAGCUUAAGAAUAGGAGUUCAUGAUGUCGAUGACUCAAGUGAUGAUGAUCGACCCAAUUCCGAUAGUGAUGGUAGCUCUACAAAUAUUACACAGAAGAAGGCCAAGAAAAAGAAGGCUGGUGGAAAGAAGGACAGUUCAGAAAUGGAUAGAAUAGCUCUCAAAAACGCUCGAAGGGCCAAUACUGGACGUGCUCCACCAGGUCAAGUCACUGCAAUGCUGCUGCAAGUCAUGAGCUCAGAAUUAUCUGGAGGCCUGCAAUGGCUCAAAGAAUCUCUGGACGAAGCUGCUGAAGAUCUAGAAAGUAACCCUACAGCUGAGGAAGUUGACGGAGUGCCCCUCGUUCCUGUGGGGGAUGACGCAGAAACUGCAAUGGACAGUCCCAUUUUCCAGCGACUCUUACAAGCAUUGGGAAUUGUACCUCCAUUUGAUGAACAGGAAUCUUACUGGCGUAUACCUGGCGACAUGAGAGCUGCUGAAAUGCGGAAGAAGGCUGGAAAUAUCCAGAGUGCUUUAGAUGGCACUCUCUCCCCUGAACAAGACUCAGAGACCAAUGCUGACAGUACUGAAAAUCAGGACCCUGUCCUCGAUAAUUCUGACUCAUCCGAGAGUGAAGAUGAGUUCAAUGCUUUGCGCAGGAUUACUGCUGCUAGUCGUGAGGAUUCAAAUACUGAUAAAGCACAAUCUGCAUUUGAUGAGUUGGUAAAUGCUUCAAGCACAUCUACAAAAUCAAAAUUACAAAAAAGUAAACACAAGCGGUUGAGAAUGACUCAUUCUGAUGAUUCUGACGACCAAGCUACAGAAAACAUUGAAACUCAUGAUGAGACUGAAGAAACUGCUAGUAAGCCUCUAAGUCAAAGCAAUCUUGACUCUGAUUCAGAUGGGGAUGCGGAUGGUGGAACUCUGAAUGACAGCCACUCUCAGCGCCGAGCAAUUAUUGAAUCAGACUCUGAAAAUGAAAGUCCUGUUCCCUCCUCCAGUCAGAUCUCACAUCGUAGUAGGCAACAGGUUAUUGAUUCUGAGUCAGAAUCUGAGGAAGCUCAAAAUAGAAGUGUAAAGUAUCAACCAAAAAGGUCUCCUCUCAAAGAAACAUCUAUUUUGAACAACUCUUUUAAGACAACAGACAUUAGCUCUGAUGAAGAAAUAGAAUCAAAUGACAAACCAACUAAAGGUUCAAAACACCUGCUUAGUAGCUCUGAGGAAUCUGGCAAUGAAAGAUCUCCGAAGAAGUUACGCCCAAAUGAUGCAAGUGGCCUUCGUAUGUAAUCAUUUUAAAUGUUUCAUUUCUUCAUGUUGAGAUUAUAACUGUGCUCACAACUUUGCCAAACAAAAUGUGAUGGGCGAUCAUUUUUCGUUUCUUUAUUUUUAAAGCACUAUUUUUACACUUGUGCAUUUUAUUCUCUUAAUUUUCAGUCCAUUUUGCAAGUUGAAAGUUGGUUGCUUUUAUGAGAAUCUUACCCUUACCAUAUCUUUUUAAACUUAUUAUUGUAUCAUAUUUUUACUUUGUCUUAUUUUAUGGAAAAAAUAAUUUGUACUUCAUAGUGCCAAAUGUUUUUAGAAAAUGUUGUCAGAUUCAAAAUACUUCAUAUCCUUAAGUUUGUUUUGUACCACAUAUUCAUGUGUGAGGAUUUGAACCUAACCAUAUCUCUUGUGGAACUUACAUUGUAAGAACUGGCACCCAGCAUGAUUAAAUUAAGUUUAAAUAAACAUUCAAAGUAUAAAAGA